CCUGAACCAGAAGAACAAGCUCCUGUUAUACAACAGCCUGAACCUGCACCACAGUCAAGUUGGCAACCAAAUCCAACACCUCAACCGUAUUAA